AUGCGCCCUUCUGCCCAGGGAAUGGCCCUGAGACAGUAUGUGAUGCUCCGCAAACUGGGGGAGGGCGCGUACGCCAAGGUCAAGCUGGCGCUGCACCUGCCCAUGGGCACGGAGGUGGCCAUAAAGAUCGUGCCCAAGGGCGGCAACCGCGACAAGUUCCUGGCCCGCGAGGUGGCCUGCAAGAAAGUCCUUCGGCACCCGAACAUUCUCAAGCUCUUCCAGGUGGUGGACACCGAGGACGAGGUGCUGCUAGUCCUGGAGCAUGCACAGGGGGGCGACCUGGAGGACUACCUGUGCAGACUUCGGGCUCAGCGCCCAGUUCUCCGGGACGGCGCUGCUCAAGACCCCCUGCGGCAGCCCGGAGUUCGCGGCCCCCGAGCUCUUCCAUCGCCAGGAGUACAGUGGCCCCGCGGCAGACGUCUGGAGCCUGGGGUGGUCCUCUACGACGUGGUCACUGGGGAGCUGCCCUUCGAGGGCAACAGCUUCGGGGAGCUGCGGGCCAGGGUGCUGAGCGGCAUUUACCACGAGCCACACUACCUCUCCCAGCAGUGCCGGGACCUACUGAGGAAGAUGGAGAUGCUCGACCCCCAGAGCCGCAGCACCCUGUACAGCAUCUUCAAGCACCCCUGGGUGGGGCUGACGAAUGGACUUCCGCCCUGCCCCGAGCCGACCCCGGGCCAGCACAAGGCCACGAUGGAAACCAUGGACCACCUUGGGUUGGGGAAAGAGGUCAUCAACAGGGUGCUUUUGGAGGCCAGGUACGAUGAUGUGAUGGGGACCUACCUCAUGCUGCUCUCCAGGCAGCGGGCAGAUGAGGAGGGGCCGGAACCUGCCAUCUCCCCCAAGCGCCUGAGUCCCGAUGGGGCCCACUGCUUCCUGAUGCCAGAAGACCAUCUGCAGCCUGAGGUCUCGGUGCACGAGACAUUAAAGGUGGGAGUGUUACCAAAGCAGGAUGCCCAGAAGCCCACCACCACCUCCAGGACAGGCAUCCCGCAGGAGGACACCGGCAUGCGGAGCUCCGUCCCCAGCUCAGGGCCCCUGAUGCCGGACGCCUGGAAGCCCAGCAUGGCCUCCAGGUCAGGGCCCGUGCUGCAGGAAGCCUGGGGGCCCAACACCAUCUCACUGCCAGGCCCCCUGCAGGAGGAAGCCCUGCGGCCCAGCACCACCUUGCCAGGCCCCCAGCUGGAGGGGGGCAAGGAAACCAGCAGGAAGACCUCCAGCCCAGCCCCCCAGCCCUCCAGCACCACCCGAACACCUCCCCCAAGAAUGGUGGCCCCUGCAGAGACACUGGGCCAUGAACACAAUUCCCAUUCCACCCUUCAUUCCUUCAGAGGCUACAAGGCCAGAGCUCGAGGACUCCUUAAUAGGAUUUUAAAAUGUUGCCUUUGCUGUGUACCCUUCGGAGGAAAACAACAAUCCACAGUUCACCCUGCUGGGGAUUAGGAUCCUCACCAGCACCUCCCCAGAAUUCACUUCCCCGCUCCAGGGCAGCCACCCAGUGGCCAUGGUGAAAGGAGCACACCAGCGGAGGCCGAGGCCCCGGAGAGGGGUCAGGGUCUGGGCUCAGCCAGAGGGGCCAGGAGCAGCAUGAGACCAUAGGCGUGGAGCACAGACGUCCGCAAGCAAAACAGUCCCAGGAGCAGGUUCUAUCCCGUGAGGGCCCUGCUGGUGGCCCCUGGGCACCCGGAUGGUACAGACAAUGCAGGAGCUCUUCAGGCUGACUGGCGCUGUCAGGGAAUGACAUCCAUGGUAAGAAGUCCCCGUGGACUGGGCCCCUUUUCACAACGUAGAUUCCAAGUUGGAGAAUCGCUCACCC